GGGCGCUGGCGCGCAGGCGCAGUGGCGGGCCGGUUGGGAUGGCGCACUACAAGGCCGCCGAUUCCAAGCGCGAGCAGUUCCGCCGCUACCUGGAGAAGUCCGGGGUGCUGGACACGCUCACCAAGGUGUUGGUAGCCCUAUAUGAAGAGCCAGAGAAACCAAAUAGUGCAUUGGACUUUCUGAAGCAUCACCUAGGAGCUGCAGCUCCAGAAAAUCCAGAAAUAGAGGCACUCCGUUUGGAAGUAGCAGAAGUGAAAGAAAAAUAUGAAGCUGUGCUUGAAGAAAAUAAAAAGUUAAAAGCAAAGCUGGCGCAGUAUGAACCCCCUCAAGAGGAGAAGCGUGAAUAGGGAUACAGGAACUGUUGAUGACUAGACUCAAUAAAGGGCUUCAUGAGAA